UGUGUGGAUUCUGCGCGUAACACACCGGAAUCAUUUUAUCGAAAUUUCAUUAUAAUUUUAGUAUAAAAAACUAUAAUGCAGGUAAAAUGCUGCAUUACGAGUCACGUUAGAGGUUUCCGUUUUAAUACGGACCAGAAAUACACGUGACUUAAUUUAAUUAACUCGUAAUUUUUAACGUUUUGAUGUCACUUUACGAAAGUAAAACUUUAGCUUUUACUUUAUAUAGUGUUUAACGUUAUAAUGGCUGUACAGAAUAAAGUUUUAUACGCUUUCCGGGGAUGGAUAGCGUUCGUCGCGUUCAUGGAUUUGGGGACGGCCGGUCGAUCGUAUAUCGAAGGAAGAUCAUUUCUCAAUAACAAUGGAGAGACUGAGCACUUAGACGGUGACUUCACGAUAUCGAGAAUAUUAGGAAUGUAUUCAGUUCUAAAAGCUCUAGCGCUCAUACAUUGCACCUUAUACAUACAUUACAGACCUGUCGUCUCAAUGGGUUACUGGUCGUUGAUUCUAACGAUAAUAUUGUAUUUCACUGAAGCAUUCUACUUUAGAUCAACGAAUCUAAAUUUCUAUGUGGUGUUUCCGUGCGUUUUGAACAUUAUCACACUUCUGGGUCUCGUGUACUUGCCGAACAAGCUGAGACUGUUCGGAACUGUACCCGGCACAUCGGGCAUGGACAGGGAGGUCGAAGACGAAAACGUUCAAAUAUUAAGACAAAUGGGCAAUUUCCGACGCAGAAAAACUGGCAACACUAAGAACAAACACGUCUAGAUUCGCGUGCACUGGCAACACUGAGUCGAAGAGAUCUGUCUUACACUUAUUCUUUGUUUUGUAAGUAGUCAAUCAAAAUUUAAUACACUGGAAGCUAACAUCUGUUUUGCCCUGGAUGUGUUAAGAUGUUGGUGACGGACAAACAUUCAUGAAAUAUAGAUGUGUGCUUAUCGAGACGAGGUUUGUAAAUUGUCAUUAGCUAAUAUGGCCAACGGUUUACCAAUGUUCAUCAGUGGCUGGAAAUACAGAUUAGUCAGAUAAUGGAAGAUGAAAAAUUAACAGAGAAUACAGUCUUAUUAUAAUAGGAUCUCAAGGUCCCCCCAAAAUAGUCAGUUAUUUAUUGCUUCUACAUGAGCAAAGGAGCUCUGACUCAUCUGAGGUUGAGUGGUCAAUAAACAUGACCUCAUGAUGACCCAUGACUUAUUCAAAGGAGACUUGUGGAGAGCACCGUCGUCUGCCUACAAGGGCAAUAAAAAAAAAAAAAAAACACUUAACGAUAGGCAGCAGCUUGGCAGUGCCCCUGGCAUUGCUGAAGUCUAUGGGCGACUAUAACCACUCACAAUAAGGUGGGCUGUAUGCUUGUCUGCCUACAAGGGCAAUAAAAAAAACGACGAGCAAGAAUAGAUUUUCUUGGUGAAGCGUCCUAUGAGCUACCACAGGUCAGUAUUAAGCUGUCAAGUUGUAUCAUAAAUCAUUUGUAUAUUCCGGUCUGAGGGGAAGUCGUUAUGAUGAUGCUAGACUGCCGCCCCACGACAUCCACCUAUGCUUGUCUGCCUACAAGGGCAAAAAAAACCACCAUCCGUAUGAUUUAAGCCAAAGUCUCUCAAUUGUAUUAGACAACGUUUCUCCCACCCUUUAAUUCGGAAAGCUCGACUGCUUUGCGGCAGAAAUAGGUAGUACAGUGCCAACUAUCCGUUUACGUGUUGCCUUUUUUGUUCGGGAGGCCAAUGUUCUAAGAGUUCCACGCUGCGGCAUGCGCGCCUUAUAUUUGGGACUGCUAUGAUGGUAGAGGCCACCAACUAACGACCCCCUGCAUUUUAGCUCCAAACAAAGUCAUUAAAGAUAGGAGGGGUAAUCGCAAUUAAAACUGCAACUAGACAUGCAGUUCGAGGUCAUAAAUAUCAUAAAUAUUCCCUAUCAAUAAUAUUGGCAACAGAGCAAUCUAACACCCAUUAGAUGCAUUUCUAUGCAAUUACCAUCUUGUGUAAAGCAGUUGAGACUAACUGAUAACUUCGCAUGGCUUGUGGAUUCUUAGCCCUAUUAGGUUUAGAUUUAUUGAUUGAACUGAUCAAUAAUAUCGAUUGAUAACAAAAUAUAUAAACGGACCAUAAAAUGUACCAUAUCAAGAUUAAUAACAAUUUUUGUUUAUAAUAAAUGAAUAAAAGUUAUGAAUACACUGUUUUUUUUUUCAAAGAUAAUAAUUUUUAUUUAAUAUAAAUAAACACUUUAAUUAAGUACAAAUUCAAAAUGGAUGGUCUUCAAGGAAUGUAGUCAUUUAUAAUAAUAACAUUGCCGUAUAUAUAGUAAAGAGAUCCCCGUGCUGACUAUAAAAAAUAGAAUACAAUAUUCAGUUACUAAACUAUACAUAAAUGCUUGUAAUUUUAGAGAGUUCAUAUUAUUAUAAUUAACGAAUCUCUAAUGCAGUGGUUUUCGAGAGGUCAUUGACCCCAGAUGACGGCUGAGUCGUUCCCGCGAGGUCAUUGACCUCGGAUGUCAGCUGGUUAACAUUUUUUACUUAGUGCCAGCUGUAUCUGGUACUUUCAGUUCUACUUGGCUUACUUAUUGCUGUGAUGAACUCAAUACAUCCCGUUUUAUUUUUUAUCAUUCGAAGGCAUCAAUGGAUCUCAACAUACUACUUAAAUGGUGACACAAUAAUAGUAACCCGAAACAGGCUGCCAGAUGAACUGUGCAAGAACACUUUUAUUGACAAAGAGCAGUGGUUCUCAACCUUCUUUAUUCUGCGAUGGACUAACAUAAUCUUUACAAAUUCACGACACCUACUUAUUUACUUUAUACAUCGUGCCUAUAUUGAACAUAGAUGUACAGUUGACAAUUAGUAAACAUUUGUAUGUGCGUUCUCAGAUAAAAAUAUUGAAUUUGUAAACCAGGGCCCUUGACAGGGGCUUACGACACGGUGGUUGAGAACCGCUGUCUCGAUCGACGGUUUGCAUGGUUCUAAACGUCAACCUAUAGGGCCUCAAAGUUUAAAACGGAAUUCAAUGCUCUACAUCCUGCAUAAAACUGGCAGUCAUUUCAGUCUUCACGUCCAGCCGAUAUCGAGUUUAAUCCUAAUUAUAUAGAUGCACAUCGAGGGGUUGUCGAUAACCUACAUUUAUCUUUGUAAUCAAAGGUCCGUUUUAUUCGGUAUCAGCAUCGACAGUUCGAUGUUUUUAAUUGAACUUCAAUUAAGUUUACUCCAUUCAAAUACAUAGCCGAAGUAGUUCUUUUUUUUGUCAUAAUAUUUUUUUCUUUUAAAUGGCUCUCCUGUUAAAUUGCAAAAGUUUCGCUCAAACCAAAUAUCCUUUCACCCGUCGAUAUACAUAUAUAUAAUCGUCAUAAUCUAUAUAAAAAUGAAUUGCUGUUCGUUAGUCUUGCUAAAACUCGA